AUGAUAUCAUUGCUAGUACUUCCAAAGCUGAUAUCAUCAUCCUCGUCAAGCAAAGAGCUGAGCUAUAAGUUUGUCAGCAACAGCGCAUUUGGAAAUCGUUUACCUGGAAAUUUCGAAAUUUUAUACGGUGGUGAAAAAACUUCAUAUAAAUCUAAUGGAUGGGCUUCAGUCUUUCAUGUCAAUAAUUAUCCUGAUGUACAAAUAUUGGGAAGCAAUAACGGCGUGGCUUCAUCACAUAAUGUUAAUAUCUCAACAAGAUUAACCUCUCUUUUUGAUAAUAAAUGGAUCCUUAUUGAAUUUAUUGCAAAGAAUUUAGGAAGCGAGCCAUGUUAUGUAUCUAUUGCCUCAUACUGCGAUAUUCAACUAGGUAACAAUGAUCGCGCUUAUUUAUAUCCAUUUGCAGAAACCAGAGGUUUAAUAUUGGAAGAUCAAUAUGGACAAAAUGGUCAAAAAACAAAACUAAAAAUGAUUGUACGCGAUGGUUAUGGUGUUGAAAAUAUCGAUACGUUUUGGUAUGGAAGAUUUUUUGAUGCCAGAAUUCAAUUUUGGAAUAAUAUAACUGGACCAUAUCCUGUGUUCGAUAAUGAAAUAGAUACGGCCUUUUCACUUGGUUGGAAAGAUCGCUUACUUCAACCUCAAGAAGCAUUUGGUAUCCUCAUUGGAGUCGAUAAUAACUUGAAUACUCCUCCAACAAUUUCAUUUGCAAAUGAGUUUAAGAAACUUUAUAGUCCUGGAGAAAAUGUGGAAAUUAUUGUAAACGUCAAAGAUUUUGAGCUUGAUAAUAUAAUUCAAUUAUUUUAUAAUUACUCAAACGGUUCAGAAAACAAAGUUAAAGAAUUAGUAGGAUCUUUCAAAACAAGGCAAAAUAAACUUAGAGAGACAAUGAAUUUUACCAUUGAUCUAGGAAAUGAAGUUGAUUCCUACAAUUUGACUAUAUGGGCCGAAGAUAAUAACAAAUUAUCAAAUGUUCUUGUGAAAAGAUUUUUAGUUAAUACCGAACCAGUAUUGAAAAUUAUAAAGUCAAUUGAUCAAAGAUUAUUUAUAGAUGGAGCUUUUGAUAUUUAUGGAACAAUUUGGGAUGACACAUUCUCAUAUAUCACAUAUAAAAUUGACAAUUCUUUCGGUGCAAAUAUUGGUUCCCCAAUUCUGCAACAGAACAGAGAAAAGUUUUAG